AUGUUUCCACAAUCAGGGAAAUCGAUUGUCUUCGACAACUUUCCAGAUCCGACUGACACCUGGGAAAUUAUUGAGACAAUCGGGAAAGGGACCUACGGAAAAGUCUACAAGGUGCUCAACAAAACUGAUGGGAGUAAAGCAGCGGUGAAGAUACUGGAUCCCAUCCACGAUAUUGAUGAGGAGAUUGAAGCAGAAUACAACAUCCUCAAAGCUCUGUCUGACCACUCCAAUGUUGUCAAGUUCUAUGGGAUGUACUACAAGAAGGAUGUGAAGUGUGGGGACCAGUUGUGGCUGGUAUUAGAGCUUUGCAAUGGUGGCUCAGUGACAGACCUGGCCAAAGGCAUGCUGAGGAGAGGAGACAGAAUGGAUGAAGCCAUUAUUGCAUACAUCUUGCAUGAGGCCCUCAUGGGCCUGCAGCACCUGCACGUCAACAAGACCAUCCACCGUGACGUCAAAGGCAAUAACAUCCUGUUGACGACGCAAGGAGGGAUCAAACUUGUGGAUUUUGGUGUUUCAGCUCAGCUGACAAAUACUCGUCUGAGGAGGAACACCUCUGUUGGAACUCCCUUCUGGAUGGCUCCUGAGGUAAUAGCAUGUGAGCAGCAGCUGGACUCAACCUACGAUGCUCGUUGUGAUGUUUGGUCCCUGGGCAUCACAGCCAUAGAGCUGGGAGAUGGAGACCCACCCCUCUCUGACCUCCACCCAAUGAGAGCCCUUUUUAAAAUACCCAGAAAUCCUCCGCCUACUCUCCACCAGCCCGAGCUCUGGUCAGACGACUUUAAUGACUUCAUCUGCAAAUGUCUGAUUAAGGACUUUGAGCUGAGACCAAAUGUGCUAGACCUGCUCCAGCAUGUGUUCAUCAAACAGAUUGUUGGCAAAGAGAAAAUACUGCAGAAGCAAUUGAUUGAACUUAUUGAUCUCAACCAACAAAUAGGAGUAAUUGAAAAAACAAGGCAUGAACGCAUCCACACUAAAAAAGGAAGCCACAUGAAGACACAGACUGACCCAGAAGAGGUGGACGACCUCGCCACCCUGGAAGUGCUAGAUGAGAACACGGUCACAGAGCAGCUUCAGAGUCGCUAUGGAAGAGAUCAGAUUUAUACAUAUGUGGGAGACAUCCUCAUCGCAGUCAACCCUUUCCAUAAGAUGGAGAUAUACACUCCUCAGUACACUAAGAUGUACAUAGGUGCUAAGCGUACAGCUAACCCGCCACACAUCUUUGCUGUGGCUGAUAUCGCCUACCAGUCCAUGGUGUCAUACAACGCAGACCAGUGUGUUGUGAUCAGUGGAGAAAGUGGAGCAGGGAAAACAGAGAGUGCUCAUCUGUUAGUGCAGCAGCUGACUGUUCUUGGGAAGGCCAACAAUCGGACACUCCAGGAGAAGAUCCUGCUGGUCAACAGCCUGGUGGAGGCUUUUGGAAACGCCUGCACAGUCAUCAAUGAUAACUCCAGUCGCUUUGGCAAGUACCUGGAGAUGAAGUUCACCUGCGGGGGAACUGUGGUGGGAGCGCAGAUAUCUGAGUAUCUGCUGGAGAAAUCCAGAGUCAUCCACCAAGCUGUAGGGGAAAGGAACUUCCACAUCUUCUACUACAUUUACGCCGGCCUGGCUGACAGGAAGAAACUAGCCCACUACAAGCUCUCCGACAGCAAAACACCUAAGUAUCUGUGCAAUGAGCACAUUAAAUUAGGGCCUGACAUAGUGAGCAACACCUUCUACAAGGAGCAGUUUGAUACAGUGGAGCAGUGUUUCAAAGUCAUUGGAUUCACCCUGGAGGAGCUGGGCAGUGUUUAUAGCACUCUGGCUGCCAUCCUCAACUCCGGAGACAUCGAGUUCUCUCCAGUUGCCUCGGAGCAUCAAACAGACAAGAGCAACAUCUCCAACAUUUCUGUCCUAGAGAACGUGGCCUCACUGCUGCAUAUCCGCUCAGAUGAGCUCCAGGAAGCCCUGACCUCCCACUGUGUCGUGGCCCGCGGAGAGACGAUCGUCAGGCCCAACACGGUGGAAAAAGCGGCUGAGGUGAGGGACGCCAUGGGCAAGGCUCUCUACGGCCGCCUCUUCAGCUGGAUUGUCAACCGUAUCAACACGCUGCUGCGGCCCGACAGCCACCUAGGGGAGGAUGACAAAGGCUUGAACAUCGGCAUCUUGGACAUCUUCGGUUUUGAGAACUUCAAGAAGAACUCUUUCGAGCAGCUCUGCAUCAACAUCGCCAACGAGCAGAUCCAGUUUUACUUCAACCAACACAUAUUCGCUUGGGAACAGGAUGAGUACCUGAACGAGGAGGUGGACGCUCGGAUGAUUGAGUAUGAGGACAACCGGCCCCUCCUGGACCUGUUCCUACAGAAGCCCAUGGGGAUGCUCUCACUACUGGAUGAGGAGAGUCGCUUCCCACAGGCCACUGACCAGACCCUCGUAGAGAAAUUCGAAGAUAAUCUCAAAACCAAAAGCUUCUGGAGGCCAAAGAGGGUUGACCUUGGCUUUGGUAUUCACCACUAUGCUGGAAAGGUGAUUUACAAUGCUGCAGGCUUCUUGGCCAAGAACAGAGACACACUUCCAGCCGACAUCGUCCUGCUGCUGAGGUCGUCAGAGAACGAGCUUAUUCGUAAACUCGUCACCCAUCCCCUCACCAAAACGGGCAACCUUGCCCACACCAAGGGUAAAGGCAUAAACACGUUGCGCAGCCCGCGGACCCCGACACGCACCAUCACCUUCGCCAAGCCGGGUGAACAUGGAGAUACGCCUUACCACCCGAGAGAAACCACCAACAUGAGAACGCAGACAGUGGCCUCCUACUUCAGAUACUCUCUGAUGGACCUGCUGUCCAAGAUGGUGGCAGGGCAGCCUCACUUUGUGCGCUGUAUCAAACCCAACAAUGAUCGCCAAGCCAACAAGUUUGACCGGGAGAAGGUUCUGGUUCAGCUGCGUUACACCGGGGUUCUGGAGACCGCCAAGAUCAGACGGCAGGGUUACUCUCACCGCAUCCUGUUUUCUAACUUCAUAAAGAGGUACUACAUCUUGGCCUUCCAUGCUCAUGAGGAGCCAGCUGUCACUCCAGAAACAUGUGCUGCAAUACUGGAGAAGGCCAAGCUGGAGAACUGGGCAAUGGGGAAGACUAAGGUUUUCCUCAAGUAUUACCACAUUGAGCAUCUGAAUCUGAUGGUGCAGCAGGCCACACAACGAAUCAUUCUGCUCCAGGCGUACGUCCGGGGCUGGCUGGGAACCAAGCGGUACCGGCGGAUAUUGAAAGAGCGAGAACAGAGUGCUCUGGUGCUGCAGUCAGCUUACAGAGGUCAUAAAGUUCGGAGGAGGGUUGCUGAUGACAAAAACAAGGCAAAGUUGGAGGCUUUCAUCGUCCAGUUUCAGGCUGUUUGCAGAGGCUAUCUAGCAAAAAAGAAAUACAAGGAGUUGGUAGAGGAAAAGAACAAGGCUGCAACCAAGAUUCAGGCCCGCUACAGAGGGCAUAAGGAAAGAAAGAGCUUCAAAAGAAAACGGGAGGCCAAAGAGAAAGAGAAAGCAGAGAAGGCCCUCAAAGAAAAGGAGGAUCAAGUGCUUGAACCAGAGAAGAGCACCAACGACGAAAAUACCUGUACUCCUGAAAAUAAAGCAAACAACGAGGAGGAGGAAGCUAAAGCUGCAGUGGUUCUCCAGAGCAACUACCGGGGCUACAAAGAAAGGAAAAAGUUUAAGGAGAGAAAGAAGACAAUGGCUGGGGCAGAGCUAGAGUUACCACCACACACAGUGAUGGAAGAGGAACAGGAAAAAGGUGGGAAAGAACCCACUAACAAAGAAGAAGCAGAAACGACAGCUGAUAAACAUGAGGAGAAUGAUGAGGAUGAAGAAAGCACUUAUGAAGCAGAGGAAAAUGAUGACAGUGAUCAUACACAGGUGCCAGAAGAUGAUGAACAUACAGAAGUGGCAGACGAGGCUGUGAUUGCAGACGCACAGGAAGGGGACAAGAAGGGGGAGAAUGAACAGGAACUUGCUGCAGUGGAAGAGGAGGAAACCAAGGCAGCCACUGUUCUCCAGAGUAAUUUCAGAGGUCACAAAGAGAGGAAGAGGUUGCAAGAAGAAGGCAAAAUCCCAGCUAAGAAACAGAAAGAGAAGAGCCCGACUGGUGAAGAAGCAGCUACCACAGCAAUCAGCCCUGCAGCUGAGGGAGAAGUUCUUGAAGUUCUACCACCAGCAGAGGAAAUCUGCAGUGAAGAAACAGAAAAAGAGGAAUCAACAGAAGCUCAAGAGGAAGUAGACGUUUCAUCGAGUAAUGUCAAGUCAGAAGAGCCAGAUGAGACCAAAGCAGCUGUGGUCCUUCAGAGUAACUUCCGCGGCCACAAGGAGCGCAAGCGACUCGAGGAGGAAGGAAAGAUCCCUAAGAAAAGGAAGAAGGAAAAAGAGGUUGCACCAGAACCUCCAAAAGAAGAAGAACAACGGGCAUUGCAUACAGAAGAAUCUAUGCCAGAAUCCCAGCAGGAUGAAUCUGCUGAGAAUCUGGACGGACUGGAUGAGGAAAAGGCUGCUACUGUCCUUCAAAGUAACUUCAGAGGCCAUCGGGACCGAAAGAAACUGAAAGCAGAGAGAGAAGCACAGAGGAGAGCAAAGGAGGAAACUGCCAACGAUGCAGACGAGGAAAGUAAAGAGGAGGAGGAAGAGGGCCUGGAUGUGACUGAUGUAGUGAUUGAACAUAAAGAGGAGACUGACGCUGAAAAAGAAAGACAGGAGGAAGAACAGGCUGCGGUGAAGAUCCAAAGUAACUUCAGAGGAUACAAGGACAGGAAGAACCUGAAGGCCAACAAGCAAACAGCACAGAAAGAAGCCGAGCAACUACAGAGCUUCUCAAAACAGAUCUCAAAGACUUCUCAGGACUUUGUCGCCCUGCAGCAUAAGUUGAAUGAGAUCAUCCAGGCCCAUCAAUCAAACCCUGAGAGCAAUGGCAUGUUUGUGAGAGGAAAAGCAAUCAAUGGCUUUGCUCCCCAGAAUCACCAAUCAACUGACAAGAGAGUGUCGAGGACCCCCCGCAGGACCCAGCAGCCAAAGACCCUGAACACACCAGAGGACUCUACCUAUUACAACCUGAUUCAUCGGUCCGUCCAGGAUGAUAAACGCAAGCCCAGGAAAGAGGAUCCGGGGAAGCUGCUGGACGUAGACGAUCAGUACUACUGCGGCCUAUCCACUAGCAGGUCUGAACCCUCCAUGUCCACGGAGAAAACAUCACCGGCCCACAUGCCUGAGAGGAGGCGGUCCAUGGACCGAAGACGGUCAGUGGACAGGAGACGGUCCAUGGACAGGAGGCAGCCUGCGGAACAGAGGUUGGCCGCUUCCAGUAGACAGACCAGAGAGAGGGCCGUCACCGAACCAGAGCCUCCAAGACCUGCCAGAGACAACAGGCGCUCCGUUCCCAGAAUGUCCUCCACAGAGAGUCGAACUGAGGAGAACCCGUACGACUACAGACAUCUGCUGAGGAAGACCUCGCAGAGACGAAGACUCAUCAAACAGUACUGAACCUUUUAGCCAUUUCACACAAUAACUUUCAAGAUCUGGGGCAUCGUGGCAAUGUAUUACAACACCAUGGUAUACGAUGUGAGUAUUCGAUUCAUCACAGCUUCUUUAAAAACCUUUGAAACAGUUUAGUUAGGUAAAAUAAAAGGUACUAACUGCGCUGAUAUUAAGUCGCCACCAUUCUAAUUUAAUGCAGCAUAGACAGGAUGAAGGUACGUGUAAAUAAUGAAAUGCCAUGCCCUUUAAACUCGCUGUAAAUUAAGGUUUUAUUUUUGUCAUUUGUAAAGUAGACAUUGCUACCUUUGCUUAUUUUACUGUACCAGUUUCCUUUCAAAACAUUUUUUUUUUUGGCCUGUCAAAUAUUGUGUGUGAGGUUGCGCAUAUCAUCAUAUCCAUUUAAACAUCAGGUGUAAUUUUUUUUAAUGUCCAUGGAUCAUGUAAAUAUGCAGGUCAUGCUCUUACAGUUGACAACUUGGCAAUUCAAUCCGUUUGGCUGAAUGCAUCUUUGGAAAAUCAGCUUCAGUGUUGUCAUGUUGUAAGAAAUGUACAUUCUUUUCUCUGCUGCAAUCAU